ACCAUCAUCACAACUUUGAAAAACAAAGCGAGUAGGCAGUGACUUCCGUAUUAAUGAUAACAUAAAGGCUCAGACACAGCACAGCACAAAAAGGCUCAGACUCACAUUCAGACACGCUACACCAUUCACCACCAAACAUUAGCCAAAAGGAAAGCACAAUGGAUGUGGAAGAAAUCAUCUACACAUUGGUUGAGGUGCUUAUUGCUGUUGGCUGCUGUCUUGGUAACAUAUUGGUUAUUUUGACAGUGUGGACCAGUAAAAGCAUUCAACAGCCCACCUUCUGCCUUGUUGUCAGUCUGGCUGUGGCUGACUUUAUGGUUGGCUGCGUGAGCAUACCGCUGGUUGUGGUAAUUGACGGACAAAUAAAGACUUCUUACUACGGCUGUCUUUUCAUCAGCUGUGUGACCAUCCUGUUGAACCUAGUCUCAGCUUUGUCUCUUGCAACUAUUGCUGUGGACCGCUUCCUCCGGGUGUGUAUCCCCCUCAGGUACAAAAGGACUGUGACACAGAGACGUUGUUGGCUUGUUGUAACAGCAUGUUGGCUUGUUGCAAUACCACCGAGUUUUGCUCCCAUGCUUGGAUGGUGCAACCAUGAAACCUGGUCUAAGUCAGCUAACUCUACUAUUGUUUGCAAGUUUAUAGAUGUGAUCCCCAUGUCAUACCUGGUUUACUUUAGAUUCUUUCUUGGCUACCUGAUACCUCUGUUGGUGAUGACUGUAUUGUACGGCUACAUUUUCUGGACAAUCCGAGGAAAACUUCAAGAAAAACCAGGCAACGGUGCCCAAACCCGGUCUCAGAUCUACCUAAAGAAAGAAAAACAGAUGGCUAGACAUAUGUUUUUGGUCUUGGUUCUGUUUGCCCUGUCCUGGCUCCCACUACACAUUAUGAACUGCAUAUUUCACUUUAGUGGGCCAGAUUCUAUAUCAGUAAAAACUUUCCAUGUCGGCAUCCUGUUUUCUCAUGCAAACUCAGCUGUAAACCCACUUGUGUAUGCGUUCAAAAUACAAAAUAUCAAGAUAACCUACCUGAAGCUGUGGAGACGGUAUAUUGCAUGUGGAGAAGAAAUUCAAGGAUGUCAGAUACACCAGUCGAUUGAAAACAAUCUCAAUAGGGUGACCAACAACGAGUGAAAGAAGAGUUUUGUUUGUUUGUAUGUUUGCUUCUUUGUUCUUAAGGUUCAGGUUUUGUCUGUUGAAUUAAACAUUGUAAAACAUAUUACAUCAGAUGUGGGUGAACAUGGGUGAUUGUUUCAAAUAACUGUCAAGGAAAGGGCAACUGUCACUGAACUACUUGCUUUUUUUGUCUGUUUCAUAUCACUGUUGUGCUUCUGGUUGUAUUGAAGUUCCAGUUCUUCAUGUCAAUUUCACAGGAAGCACACACUGAGUUGGAAAUUACCUUCUCUGUCUUUAAAAACUAUUUUAACUCUUCUAACGAUAGAAAAAUAAAUUGGGACAUCUUAA